CAACCAAUGAGCGGCUCUGUUCAGCUGGACGCCUACUUGUCGGAAACGAUGCACUUACACUGGUCAACAAGAACCAUCUGCUUCUACAUUUCUUCUCCUGAAUCACUCCUACCACAAUUCUCAUUCACCCGUCUAGUUCAAAAGAGCAAUAGAAGUAGGUGGGGAACCAUGGCUUUGCCUCCAUCCGCGCGGACGGGCCCGAAGCGUAAAACGAAGACUGGCUGCCGUACCUGCAAGGUGCGAAAGAUCAAGUGCGAUGAGACCUGGCCAGCCUGCAACUGUUGCGUCAAAACUGGACGCUUAUGUGAUGGCUAUGGCAUAUGGGGAGGGGGUGGCAGACGAAGCGAACAACGUGCGACUGCGCCAGUCCAGCCCCCCACGAAGACCAUAGCUACCAAGAUUCUUAUUCCAAAAGCACGGCCAGUGAACUUGAUCGGAGUCGCUACUCCAGAGGAGAAGUCGUACUUUGAGUUCUACACAUCGCGCACCGCUAAGAAAUUGCCUCCUGCGUUUGGGACAAACUUCCACCACUCUGUGGUGUUGCGAGCCAGUGCAAAUGAGCCAGCGGUGCUGCAUGCGAUGCUAGCACUAAGCGCGUCCCAUAAGCGGAAAGAAAUCGAUGGAUUUGCUCGUAUUGAUUCGAGUCCGACGCUAGACAAGUAUGAAAAGUUUAUGCUUUUGCAGUAUAGCAAGGCUAUCCAGUGCCUCAGUGUUCUCCCCGACGAGAAUAGUAGCACACUCCGAACAAUUCUCAUCACUUGUCUUGUGUUCAUCUAUAUUGAAUACCUGAAAGGAGAUUAUGCUGCCGGCAUCAGCCAUCUACAGAGCGGCCUGAGACUCAUCAGGCAAAUCAAACAGGAACGAUCACCCAGAGUCGAGUUGUCAGCGGCGGAUGCAAAACUUUCUGCGCGGUAUCACAGAGCGUUAGAUGAUGCCCUGAUCGUCGCCUUUGAAAGACAACACAUCGUAUCAGAUUACGCCUGUCGAUACGACCCAAAUCAUGUUCGACUUCCGUCAGAUCUGCUAGUACCUUUACCAACCAUGACUUUCAGUUCAGUGGACGAAGCCGUAUACUACAUAAAGGAAGCAUUCGUAUACGUGGAAUCCAGUCUUAUAGAGUUCCAUAAACCCCCAGAGGCACAAACAGAAUCCUACCACGUAGUUUUCCAACAAGACAAGCCCAUUUUACAAGGCCACCUAGACUUUUGGACGAACAUGUACACGAACACUGUCCAAAAAGCAAUUGAGAGGGGCGAUCUCUGCGAAGUUCAAACUUACAAAACCCUGCGUCCGUACCUGAGCAUGGCCGUCAUCGCAGUCGCAACAGCCCUGGCUGCGCAUACGCAGAUGGUAUACGACGAAUACACCUCCACAUUCUUCUCGAUAAUUACACAAUCCAUCGACCUCCUAGAAACUGGUGGGCCGUGUCCCAAACUGCUAAAACGACUGAAAAAGCUCGGGUGGACGAUAUCGAACCCGAAAUCCAUCGGAGAUGUCGGUCGCGUUCCACCAACGUACUUCACAGCUCUCAAAUGCAGAAACCAUCGCAUCAGGCAUUGUGCCAUCAAGCUUCUACAACUAGAGGCUUCGGAAGGCACAUUAGAUUCCCACUUUGCGAUUGUCGCCGGUGAAGUCGUGCGCCUAGAAGAGGGCGACUACUUCACUGGAAGUAGCGAUAUAUUCGAUGUUGGCGAAAUGCGUAAUUUUCAAAGAACCCAUGAACAUUCGUCGUUACCUGAAUCGAGGCGGAUGAAAAAGGUUGACGUAGAGCUUCCGACGGAUGGCUCGGACGAGAUCCGGCUUGUGUGCAGAAGAGGAUCGGAGGCGGGUGGAGGGUAUAUUCGUAGAACAUACAACGUUUCUAAUUCUCGGUGGAGUGACACUGAGCCGGACGAUUGA